AUGAGUUACAAUCCAUAUCAAAACAAUUACACACCUCCACCUCCAUCGUAUGGAGCACCUGGCGGAUAUUGUCCACCACCUCCUGACUCCAUGCCAGGUGGAUACUGCCCUCCACCACCUGGUUCGUCCUACCCAGUACCCGGUGGAUAUACUCCACCCCCGCCAAUGCCGAGCUACGGAGGAGGUCAAAUUCAUUAUCCCUAUGAAGGUUAUCAAACGCAUGCACCGCCACCAAAUUUCUGUCCACCACCACCCCCACAUCAUCAUCAUCAUCAUCAUCAUGGUUACCACUGA